AUGACGGAUGGCGGUGGAGGGCAACGCAACUCCAAACCCAAACCAUCACAUGACAACAACGACAACAACAACCUCACCUCAAUCAAGUCCCAAAUGUUUCUCCAAACUCUCUUCCGUGCACUCCUCGUCAUCAUGUCUGCUGCAAGCUGUUGUGCAAUGAUGAUCAGCCCACGCACAGCCAUCCGUGAGGAUGAGCUUGACCGCUACGAUGCAUUCAUGGAAAAUAUCCAGGAUGAUCACUACGUGAGCAUGUUUCUCGUCAACGGACGAGUGAAGGUCGACCUCUUCGUGUGGCCAAGCGACACCCUUGCCUUCUCCGACGACUUCACUCCCAGUCCCACUGCAAACGAAUACUUUGAGCAGCAAGAUCGGAUGGCCGAAGAAAUGUUUGGCCCAGAACCAAGCUCAAACGACACGGUACAGAACUCGACUUUGGAAACUAGAGAUGCUGAUCGUUGUACGGGUUCUAACACUUUCUCAAUCAGGGACGCAUCGAUUCUUGAUGAUGAGCGUCGUCGUCGUCCUUCGAGGUGUGGCCAAUUCUGUGGAGGUGUUGCUCAUUGCCGUGGAAAUAAUGGUUGUCCUCGCUGUCACUCUGUUCGAAUGGGGUGUCGGUAUCAGAAACAGUGUGUUGUUGGUCAUUGA